GGCGGGGGCGGGCGAAGCGCGAACGCUGCGGUAUUUUGUCCCGAACGGUGAUCCCUCCUCCCGCGCAGGCUGCAGCUGCGGCGGCCGCCGUGGCGGUGGCGGCGGGGACGGUGGAAGGCGGUAGCUGAGGAGAGCCCCGCGCUGCCCGGCGGCGUGGAGGCCACGGGAGGCGGAAGCCGGCCGCCCUCGCGCGUGGCGGGAGCGGAGCGGGAGAGGCGGCCGCGAGCGAGCCCUGCCCGGGCCCUGGGAAGGUGGGGGAGGCGCCGCGCAGCUCCCGCCCUCCGGCCUCCGCCGCCGCCCGGCCCGCCCCGCCGUUGCCCCGGGCUCUGGCUCCGGGUCCUGCGGGCCCGGCGGCCCCGGCCGGAGAAGGAGGGCGGCGGGCGCGGCCGGAGCCGCCGGAGAUGGCGGGAGGGCACUGCGGCAGCUUCGCCGCGGCGGCGGCUGGCAGCGGCGAGAUCGUCCAGCUGAACGUGGGGGGCACCAGAUUUAGUACCUCAAGACAAACUCUUAUGUGGAUUCCAGAUUCUUUUUUUUCCAGUUUGCUGAGUGGAAGAAUUUCAACACUUCGAGAUGAAACUGGUGCUAUAUUUAUUGAUAGAGAUCCGGCAGCAUUUGCACCCAUUUUAAAUUUUCUUCGGACAAAAGAACUAGACUUAAGGGGAGUGAGUAUUAAUGUUCUCAGGCAUGAAGCAGAAUUUUAUGGAAUCACUCCAUUAGUAAGAAGGCUUCUCUUAUGUGAAGAAUUGGAGCGUUCAUCUUGUGGCAGUGUUCUUUUUCAUGGUUACUUGCCUCCACCAGGUAUUCCUAGUCGUAAAAUAAACAACACAGCUAGAUCUUCUGCUGAUUCUAGGAAUGGACUGAAUUCUACAGAAGGUGAAGCCCGGGGAAAUGGUACACAGCCUGUUCUCUCUGGAACUGGGGAAGAGACUGUUAGGCUAGGAUUUCCUGUGGAUCCACGAAAGGUGCUAAUAGUAGCUGGCCAUCACAACUGGAUUGUAGCUGCAUAUGCCCAUUUUGCUGUAUGUUACAGAAUCAAAGAAUCUUCAGGAUGGCAACAAGUGUUUACAAGCCCAUAUUUGGAUUGGACUAUUGAACGAGUAGCUUUAAAUGCAAAAGUGGUUGGAGGUCCACAUGGAGACAAAGACAAAAUGGUUGCUGUGGCCUCAGAAAGCAGUAUCAUCUUGUGGAGUAUUCAAGACGGAGGCAGUGGAAGUGAAAUUGGAGUGUUCAGCCUUGGUGUUCCCGUAGAUGCUCUCUUCUUCAUUGGCAACCAGUUGGUGGCUACGAGUCACACAGGGAAAGUGGGAGUGUGGAAUGCUGUCACUCAGCACUGGCAGGUUCAAGAUGUUGUUCCUAUAACUAGUUACGACACUGCUGGGUCAUUCCUUCUGCUGGGAUGUAACAAUGGAUCAAUAUAUUACAUAGAUAUGCAGAAGUUCCCCCUGCGAAUGAAAGAUAAUGAUCUUCUUGUAACUGAACUUUAUCAUGAUCCUUCAAAUGACGCUAUUACUGCUCUGAGUGUUUACCUCACACCCAAAACAAGUGUCAGUGGUAACUGGAUUGAGAUCGCCUACGGUACGAGCUCUGGAGCAGUACGAGUGAUUGUACAGCACCCAGAGACAGUCGGGUCAGGUCCUCAGCUUUUUCAAACUUUCACUGUUCACCGAAGUCCAGUUACAAAAAUCAUGCUAUCAGAGAAGCAUCUUGUAUCAGUCUGUGCAGAUAACAAUCACGUGCGGACGUGGACAGUAACUCGAUUCAGAGGCAUGAUCUCUACUCAGCCAGGUUCUACUCCUUUGGCAUCAUUCAAGAUACUGUCGCUGGAGGAGACAGAAAGUCAUGGUAGCUAUUCCUCUGGAAAUGACAUAGGGCCUUUUGGAGAGCGAGAUGAUCAACAGGUGUUUAUCCAGAAAGUUGUUCCCAUCACUAACAAACUGUUUGUAAGACUGUCUUCUACUGGGAAAAGAAUAUGUGAGAUCCAAGCUGUCGACUGUACCACAAUAUCCUCAUUCACAGUGAGGGAAUGUGAGGGAUCCAGCAGGAUGGGCUCAAGGCCAAGGCGCUACUUGUUCACGGGCCACACAAAUGGCAGCAUCCAGAUGUGGGAUCUGACCACUGCUAUGGAUAUGGUUAACAAAAGUGAAGACAAGGAUGUAGGUGGUCCAACUGAAGAAGAGCUACUCAAAUUACUGGACCAGUGUGAUCUGAGCACAUCGCGCUGCGCUACUCCUAACAUCAGUCCGGCAACUUCUGUGGUUCAGCACAGCCGCCUGCGAGAAUCAAAUUCUAGCCUUCAGCUUCAGCACCACGAAACCAUCCACGAAGCAGCUACUUAUGGUUCCAUAAGGCCUUACAGAGAGAGUCCUUUGUUAGCAAGAGCGAGGAGGACGGAGAGCUUUCACAGUUACAGGGACUUCCAGACUGUCAAUUUGAACAGACAUGUAGAAAGAGCUGUGCCUGAAAAUGGUAACCUGGGUCCAAUACAAGCUGAAGUGAAGGGGGCAACAGGGGACUGUAACGUAUCUGAGAGAAAGUCUCCUGGAACAGAAAUGAAAAGUUUGAGAGAAUUAGAUAGUGGCUUGGAAACACAUAAAACAGCUGAAGGUUUUUCAGAAUCCAAGAAAAGGUCAUCAGAAGAGGAAAAUGAAAAUAAAGUAGAGUUGAGGAAGAAAGGAUUUGAAGGAGGAGGAUUCCUUGGCAGAAAGAAAGUUCCCUAUCUGGUGUCAUCACCAAGCACUUCUGAUGGAGGAACCGACUCCCCAGGUACUGCGUCCCCGUCUCCUACCAAGACCACUCCGUCUCCGCGGCACAAAAAAAGUGAUUCUUCAGGUCAAGAGUACAGUUUGUGAAAACUCACUGAAAUGAAUUGUUUUAUUAAAUCUAGAUGACAGGUGAGCUUUACUGGAUUUCAAUACAUCCGUUUUUACACUAAAACUUUACAAGAUAAAAUUGGACUUCAUUUAGUACCUUUUUAACAGAAGUACCUGGAAUAAGGAGAUAUAUCUCUCCUGACACUUGGAAAUUUUUUUAGUUUUACAUUUAACAAGAUCAUUUGUAAAGCAGGAGUCCAUUUUAAUGUUUUAGCUACUUUUCGUUGGUUUUGGAAGCAUAGUACCACAUCUUAAUAGGCUGGUGCCCAUAUAGACGAGUAUCCCCUUAGAGCAGGGCACCAGCAGAUGGCAUUCCUAAUCCUGACUGACUGUGCCUGAGACUUGUCUUGCAAUGUUAUAUAAAAUGAAUCAUAUAAUUCUCUUUGGAACUUGGUCUUCCAACCCUUAUUGUGAGUGCAGAGUGUUUACCAGAUAUCUGAUGAGGUGCUAUGUUUGUGAAAAAAUAAUCAUGUAAUUCAGAAACACUAAUGAUACUGAAUACCAGAGUCCCUUAUGUAGUAAGUAAGUCUCCGUGAGGAUAAUUUUAUUUUAAUUGUGGGUCAUUUUCUGAUUCUCAUUGUUGGGAGUUCUCAAAUCUUAACAAGCAUCACUAAUAUGCCAGAAGUACAUAUAAACUUUCUUUCAAGUUGGAACAAUUGUCUGUGAAAAAGAUGAAAUGAAAACAAUAAGAACAAUGCUUGAGUACCCAGAAGAGAACACUGUACCUGUUGCUAACCUGCCUUGUUUUAGGAGCCACCAUGUUUUUUUUCAGUGUUAAUAAAAAUGUGGUCACUUUGUUGUGCUUAUGGGAGUGCAGUUCUGAAUUUUGGGUUAAAGGUUUUAGCUGCUGUAAAAAUGUUAAUUUGAAUAUAUUUUGAAUUGUAACAAUAAAAGAAAAUGUUUUGUACAUUUAAUCAGAAUGAUUUUCAGGUUUCUACAAAUAGGGGAAAUGUAAAUUUAAAGCAUUAUUGGUGAAUAAUGUAUGUAUUCACAUUCCAAGAACUAUAAUAAAUAAGUGAAGUUGAAAUAAAGUCAUUACAGUUUAUAGUG